GGGAAAGGGAUACUCCAGAGCUAGAUGCAAGCGUGGAAUUGUUGUGUGCACCCUUCUUGCUAACACAGGUGUGCUUCUCCACUUAGCUCCCUGACCACCAAAAGAAAGUUUGGAAGCAAAGAUGUGCAACCUAAGGCUGUCGGUCUUCUUCAUUGCACUUUCUGUCACUCUGAGCUGUUUGGAAGCUACACCUAUUGAAAAAUUACUAUCUGUGGCUGAUGGUCUCUCUGAUGAUACUUCCAAGAGACAAGGAUGGAUAUUGCCAGCAAUAUCACAGAAUACACUCUCAAGAUUUAGUGAGGAAAUGCCAGAACAACCAGCAGCACAGACAAAAAGCAGUCACCACCUGGAGAAACGGAAAUGCAACACCGCUACGUGUGUGACACAACGCUUGGCUGACUUCUUAGUUCGUUCCAGCAACAGCAUCGGAGCAAUUUACUCACCUACCAAUGUAGGGUCCAACACAUAUGGAAAGAGGGACACAGCUGGGCUUUUGAGCAGAGAAUCCCAGCACAAUGCACAGCUUUAGGGUGUUCAAGUGACUACUGAUACAGUUUUCAUAACAAACUCAAUUUUUAAUGUAUCAAUAACCUCUUGGUCAUUUAUAACUUGUACAGUCUUAACAGUGCCUUGUUACCCGUGUGUGCUUCUGUGUGGGUAUGU